UAAAAUUUUACACGUGUUAAAACAUAACAACAUUAUUAUUUAGGAACUCUCUGUAACGCAUGUGGAGUAAAGUGGAAACAAGGAAAAAUCAUAAUCGAAGAAAGCCCAGAUGAUGAUACUGAGCCUAAUAAUUCCAUACCAGUCGUUCAACCUUCUAAAUCAAGGAAAUCAUCGAUUUCUGCCGGAAAGGCUACUGCACAUUCUUCACCUGCAAAGCCAGGAAAAAAACCUAAUAGGUUACUUUCAUUUAACGAAGAUGCAAUUUCACAUACAGAUGAAGAUGAAAAUCGUGCUGAAAAAACUCGGGUAUCACGCAGAGGUUCUACCACAGGAACACCUAAACGUGGUAGAAGAGCUUCAUCAUCGUCAAAGAAAGGUGCUAUUCUUCAUAUUUUCCAUUUACUACCUUGAUUAUAUUGUAUUCGAGACAUUAUUUUCAUCUCGAUAUUUAGAACCUGAAUCAGUUCCGGAAACUCCUGUUUCUAAACCUAAUUUUACGCCAUCUCAAAAUUCAUCGGUAUUCCCUAUGGAACUUGCAAUUACUUCAAUUUCAUUUGGUCCUGGAUUGGCAAUUUUUUCGGAACCCGAUUGUUACGUAACUCUCGAAAAAAAUAAAAUAUUAAUUGGCUUAAAAAAAGAUGGCCACGAUCCAACGGAAAUCGAAAUCUGGAAAAAUUAUAUAGAUGACAUCAAUUACUCUGUCGAGAAAGAUUUGUCGACAGGAUAUCCAAUGUUAGAGGUAACAGUGAAUAUAGGACAAUAUAUUACUAGGUUCGACAUGGUAAUACUUGACGGAGAACAUUCCUCUGUUGUGUUCAAAUUCGUAAAUUUAGAUUUGAAUUUUGAACCAGGGUUACUUGCAGAUAGUGGUAUCAUUGUUGACGAAGGCAAUGACACGAUUGAUUUGCGAACACUUUUUCAAAGAUGGUCUGCUAUUGAAAUGGACGAGAAUGCUAGUUAUUUUUGAAUAUGAUUUUUGUGAGAGGUAGCUUAGUAACAUAUUAUAAUAAAAAAAAAGUUAAUAUAAAUCAAAUAAAAUUUCUCCUUUAAACUAUUCCUAUAUUGGUUUGUAAAAAAAUUUAAUAAGGAAAUUUGAGUGAAGUUCCUUA